GAGAGAACUCACAGGAGGCAGAGCUUCUUUUGAUUCUGAAACUGAGUCUUCGUUAGAGAACAAAGAGUCAAAGAGAAAGAGAAAGAGACAAGAAGCAGAAGGAAUGGAGGCAGUGACCGUGACAGUGAUGGGUUGCCAUGGGAGAUCAACAUCAAAUUCAAACCAAGAAUUGGCUAAUGGAAGAAGAGAAGGAGCAACAGCGCAAGUGAUUGUCGUAGAUGAUGAUGAUGGCAUAGAGAAAGACAGCACUGAGACUGAACUCACCAAAAUCAGUCUUAUGAGAGCCCUUGUUGAAACACGUGAUCCCUCUUCUAAGGAAGAGGAUGACUUCAUGAUUAGAAGAUUCCUGCGUGCUCGUGAUUUAGAUGUGGAUAAGGCUUCAACAAUGUUCCUCAAGUACUUGAAAUGGAGACGUUCAUUUGUUCCAAAUGGCUAUAUAUCGCUGCCAGAGAUUCCUAAUGAACUUGCACACAACAAGAUGUUUGCGCAAGGACGCGAUAAGAGAGGUCGACCUAUAGCUAUUGUCUUCGGUGCAAAACAUUUUCAAAACAAAGAUGGUUUAGAUGAAUUCAAACGGUUUGUAGUCUAUGCUCUUGAUAAACUAUGUGCAAGGAUGCCACAUGGGCAAGAAAAGUUUGUUGGUAUAGGAGAACUUAAGGGAUGGGGAUACUCAAAUAGUGACAUGCGUGGAUACAUCAGUGCUCUAACCAUUUUGCAGGAUUACUACCCUGAAAGAUUGGGGAAGUUGUUUAUUCUCCACGCACCAUACAUCUUUAUGAAAGUGUGGAAAAUGAUUUACCCGUUCAUUGACAACAAAACCAAGAAGAAGAUAGUAUUCGUGGAGAACAAUAAGCUGAAAUCAACACUACUAGAAGAUAUAGACGAAAGUCAGCUCCCAGAGAUAUACGGUGGCCUACUGCCAUUAGUCCCUAUCCAACAUUGCUAAUUAUAAAACCACCACAAGUAAUUCCCAAUAUGUUAUAAUAGUUUAUUGGCGAAAAUCAAUGUUUAAAAGUUUGACACCGAUGUGGAAGGAUACUAUUUCUUAUAUAUGUAUGCGUUAGUUUGCCAAUUUCA